GGUUUUCCAGGGUCGUCGUGGCCGUUGUCGUGUGUCAACAUCCUCAACAGGACGCAGCUUCCUGCUCACCCAUGACGCUCCCCUCCGGAGGCUUUGCUGGUGGCCGUCGCCAGCCCAUCCUUGCCUCGACCGACCUGGUCUCCGAUCAAGUGCCAGACUUGUCCGGAUUAUCCAAUUGACCGGAUAAAGUUCGCCACCAGAACCACACACGAUCGUCAUGGGGAUGUUCCGCUCCGCCGUGCGAAGUGUUACGAUGCCGUUGAUGGCCGCCGCGGCUACGUCCUGUGCAUACAAUAAAAGUGCCCCACCACCGCCUUCGAAGGGCCGCGCGUUUAGCUGGGGCUCGAAUGGGUUUGGGCAAUUGGGGCAAGGCCACGAAGUGGAUCUGCCGACCCCCACGCCCGUCAAACUGGACCCUGCGCCGCGGUCCGUCGCGUGCGGUGGGAAUUCGUCUGCCAUUGUAACGACAGAUGGCCAUGUGUACACGUUUGGCGCAGGCGGGAGUGCUCGCCUCGGCCACGGCGAUGCCAUCGACACGCCAAACGUGUCAACUCCGCAGCUGCUGCAUGUGCCCAACGUCUUGUUUGAAAAGGUGGUGAUCGGGGAGUACCACAUGAUGGCGCUUACGACCGACUGUCGACUGUUCUCGUGGGGCCGCCAUGGCAGUCCUCAACUCGGUCAUGCGAACGACCGCCGCGGCUUCCCGAAUGAAGUAGUUGAGCUGCGCGGCAAAGUCCAAGCCGUCGCUUGCGGACGCCAGCACUCGGUAGCUAUCACGAACGAUGGCCAGAUGUAUGCGUGGGGGCUUGGUCAUGAAGGAGCUCUCGGUCAUGGAGAUCGAUCGAACGUUGAUCGACCCAAAGUGGUAUCUGCACUGGCAAAGGAGACUGUCGUGCAGGCAGCAUGCGGGCGUGAGUACACUCUGGCCUUGACAAAGGAAGGCGUGGUGUAUGCGUGGGGUGCGAACGACUAUGGUCAGUUGGGAGUGGCAGGCUCCAUGCGAUACCAGCGCACGCCGUUGCCCGUGACGGCGCUGAACGGCCUUCAAGUCGUUCAAGUUGCGGCUGGCGAGUACCACAGCGCUGCGUUGACUGCGUCGGGCGAGGUAUUCACGUGGGGCCUUGGCAAGGACGGCCAACUCGGGCUUGGCACUCCAGACGACCAAAACAUUCCACGAAAGAUCUCGGAGCUGGAUGGCCUCGGCAUUGUCCACGUCGCGUGCGGCGGCGGCCACACAGUGUGUACUUCUGCCCACGGUAGUUUGUGGGUAUUUGGACGAGGCCGCAGUGGCCAACUCGGCCGUGGCGAUCAGCUUGAAAGCAUCGCGGCAUCUCGAAACACCCCCGUCCAAGUCAAGCUUCCCACCAACCAAGCAGCCCACCAAGUGAGUUGUGGCCGAGACCACACCUUGGCGCUAUGAGUGCGAUAAGCAAGCGCUGUGUGGACGACGCGAAGUGCACACCUGGCGUUCUUCCGCGAGAUAAUUCCACCGCACCAGCUCGCGGCUCCCGUGGGAUGAAGUGAUGGGACAUGAUUAGCAGGGGUAAUUCUCGGCGAAUUCAAUACAAUAUUUGAGCCACACCUAGGUGCACAACACGUGCGGGGAUUCAGCCAACGGGCGUUUGUUCCAAUCGUUGGUAGAUGCAGGGCAUGUCUCGGCAGCACCACGAGACUCACGUCUUUUUGCAGUGCCACGUCAUUCGGUCGCCCAUCGCUUCCCCCGCAAGUGCGGUGAAUUCAGCAAGUUAGCGUCAUCCACCACGGGGGCGUUGAAAGCCCGACGGCUGAUAUCGAGCGAAGCUUCCCGCCCCUUGGAUAUGCAUGACUCGACAAGAUGUCACAGCAAGGACUUCAUGUACCGUCAAGCAUAUUGUACUCACGAGUGGUCGUGUUUGUCGACGGCGGCUUGGCAGGCGAUGGUUGGGCUUUCUUUUUCAGUGCGGCUUGUGCUUGCUUCGCCUUGAUCUGCACGUCACGAUGAUAAGGAGUUGACUGGGUCUAUCGCGGACAGACCUCUGCUUCCAGCUUGGCUUGCUGCAACUCCCUGGCUCGGCGCGCUUCCACCUCAAGAAUCUGCACCCGUUCCGGUGCUACAACGACAUGGCAGGUCGAGGAUAUGAUCGAAAGCAUCCACGGUACCGUUGGCCGCAUUCAGAGACUGUUGGCGGUCCCACUUCGCCAGUUCAAUAGCGAACAAGUGAUCCAAGUAGAAAAGGCCCACACAGCCCAAGACAACGAACCAUCCAUACACUUGCAUGAAGGCUACCACAUUUUUCGUCAUGUCGUAGUAGUAGAUGGCUGCCGCGAUGACGCCCAUGAGCGGUAGUCCCGUCGUGCGUAGGCACGCGGCAAGGAUCCCAGAACUCAUCUUGGUCUUGUCUUGU